AUGGCGCUUCUUCGUUUACCUGACGAGCUGCUACUCUUUGUUACCAGUUACUUGGUACUUCAAAGAGACCUGAAUUUUUUCGCUCAAACCAACGCUCGCCUGUACAACCUUCUCAAUACCUAUCUUUAUAGGUACGAUGUGGGACAAAAUGGAAGUUCCUCUCUUCUGUGGGCUGCAAAACAUGGACAAGAGGCAACAGCCAAGAAAUCCAUAGCCGAAGGAGCCGAUGUCCACAUUCGAUCUCAACUUCAGUGGACACCCAUUUCAUGGGCAGCUUUUAACGGCCACGAGACGGCAGUCGAGUUGCUUCUCGCGACGGUUGGCAUUGAUCCAGAGUCUCGAACCUCAGAUGGAAAGACUCCGCUAUCUCUGGCAGCAUGGAACGGCCAUGAUGAGAUAGUAAAGCUACUUCUCACAACGAAGGGAAUCAACCCAGACUCUCCAACCUCAAGGGAAGAGACACCUCUUUGUUUAGCAGCAUACAGAGGGCAUGAGGAUGUAGUUGAGCGGCUGCUCGCAACUGCCGGCGUUGACCCAUCCGCGAGGACUCUCACAGGAGAAACACCACUGUCACUAGCGGCUGGGAACGGUCAAGAGCGCGUGGUCAAACUAUUACUGGACCUUGAGAGCAUUGAUCCGAAUGUCAAGAACUCACGAGGGGAAACUCCAAUAUGCUGGGCCGCAGGCAACGGCCACGAGGCGAAUCAAGGGAUGGUGAUGGACGAACAGCAUUAUCGCUAG